UUUUUUUUCUUUCUUUUCUUUCUUCUUUUUCUCUUUUAUCACAAUCAUGCAAAACCAACAGGAUCAGCACAUACGAAUCAUGGCAGAGCAGGAAGCCAAGCUGCGUAGCAGAUAUGGGGCUCUUUCUGCGAUUUCCAAGACUCCUCUCGGCCAUGGCCAUCAGCGGAAAUAUUUCGAUUCGGGCGACUAUGCAUUGUCAAAAGCAGGCAAAGAGGCUACGGUUGGAUCAGAGCAUCCUCAACCAGAGGAUAUCCCGCACUCGAUCCCUGUAGACCCUGUCUAUGGCUCAAUUCCCACUAGACGUGGUUCCCUUAUCAACAUGACCAUUCAGCCUAAUAACACGGCUGAGCAACAAGCACUCUAAAACAAGACCCGAAGGAUGAUGGUGAAAGGGCUUUCACAAAGACUGACUAGUGUUUUUCUCAUUACAAUAACAAGAUCUCACACAUUCAUGGCGCACAAGA